AUGUUCGGUGUCGCCUCUGUCUCCGACGAUGCUCCCGAUAAAUCAAGUGGCGCGAUUAAAGAAGAAGCUGGAUCUGCGGGAGAAAUUUCCUCUGAUGAUGUUGAAUCGGUGAUCUAUCGAAAAAUUGAGGAGAUUCGCGCUGCUCAGUUAAACUCAAGCUUUUCCGAAUCGCGCACUCUCGGUUGCGUUUAUCCAUUGUGGCCACCCUGUCCCAGUUACCGAUGCCAUCCCAAAGGCCUUGUAAACACGCGAAACACCUGCUACCUCUUAACCUGUCUUCAAACCCUCUUUGGUCUCCCUCCUUUCGUGGCUAUUCUUCAUCAUAUCUCUGUGGCAGUCCACUCUUUAUUCGCAGAAGUGGGUAGCCUGCGGGAUGUAUGGGUAGAAUCUCACGCUGAGAUGGUACCCCUGAUUCGUCUGCUUACACUGCACUUGGACGAACGAACUCCUUACAAACCUAAUGAGGUUCGAACCGGUGAACCAAUCUUACCAAAUGAUUACGGAUACCUCCCCACCGGGAAACCACUUAGUCUUGAUCCAAAAUUCUUCACUGUGCUCAAUUUUGAGGUGGGAUGUGAACAGGACGCUGCUGACUGCAUGUCACGUAUCGUCACACAAGUGCACGAAGAAAUGGCCACGCUUCUGCGCAAAUUCAGGAAGCCAGAAGAUGAGGAUUUUGCGGAUGAUAAUACUGACAGUGAUGGCAAUGAAGGGUGGACCACAGUUACGAGUAAGGGCAAGAAAAUCAGAGAGGCGCGUCAUGUGGAGUGCCUCGAAGAUGCCUUCCAAUUUCUUUCCAAGGGUGAGGUCAUCUCUGACUUCAAGGACCCUAAGACCGGUCUCUGUGUGGUUAUGAACCGUCGGGUCUUCAUUGAUCGCCUCCCUCCUAUCCUCUUGAUUCAACUAAAACGUUUCUUUUACAACCCUAAUAAGGGAGGUAUUCAAAAGGUGCUUAAACAGAUUCCCAUCUACCGUCGUCUCCAAAUUAGUGACUCCAUUGUUUCAAAGGAACGAGCCUUCUCCAAGGCUCAGGGUGCAUACAAACUGAAAGCUGUGAUCUUUCACAUCGGCUACAAUGCGGAACGAGGUCACUACACAACCGCCACAGUGACUCAGAGCAAUGAGGUACUAUACUACGACGACCUUAAUGUCUUUCGAUUGGGACAGAAUGAGGCAGUGUGGGCGGACAUGUUUACUUCACAUCGGCCCUUCGAUACACGUAGCGCAUGUUGUCGACCUCUACCCCGCAUAUCUUCCACUGCUGUGGGUGCAGAUGCGGCGUCAGAACGCCCACCGAACAUUGGAGAACAGCCGCGGACGCCUUACCUCCUAGUUUAUGUUUCAUGCUUUCAGCAACAGUCGCAGCGACAAUAA